AUGAGUUUCUACAGAAACUACUAUGGUGGCCUUGGUUAUGGCUAUGGCAGCCUGGCCUAUGGCUAUGGCUGUGGCUAUGGGAGUGGCUAUGGCUCUGGAUAUGGUGGCUAUGGAUAUCCCUGUUAUCACCCAUGCUGCUACGGAAGAUACUGGUCUUCUGGCUUCUUCUGA